AUGGAAUCAUCGGGCGAACCCUCUGAAGGCAUAAACGAUGCCGUUGAUUCUUUCCAGAACCUUCAGGUCACCACGAGCUCCAAUACGAUGCCAACUCUGCAAAACAAUGAAGGGCUCCGCGACCUCAUUCUAUGGUUGUCCUACCACAUUCGCGUUUCCGAGGUGCCAAAAGGUUAUGUCGUAGCGAAUGAUCUGGGAUUGUGGACUCUCUUUCCGGACAUCAUGAGCGAUUUGACCGGUGUCAACGAGACGCCCGACAAUGCUCGUGAUUAUGAGUGGCAGCAAAGAGAUAAAGAUGCUGUGUUUGACACGACGGCUUCACAAACAAUCGACUACGGCUUUAGAGCCGGUACUGUGCCGCAAUUAGCCAACGCGUGGCAGUCGAUCAUGUGCGAUCAUUUCGAAAAACACUAUAACGUGCUCCAAGACCACGCAGCGUGGAUCCUGAUCCCACGUCUUCUCUUGACAUCACCCAAGACGAUCAAAGUAAACUUGCACAUACCAACACAAAUCAAAAUCCGCGCCGCCGUUCCUUCCGAAUUGCGUGCGAUUGAGCAGAUAAAAGUACAAAGACGUGGACUCUUGCGCCCGCGUUCGCACUUCAUUGACCUCAGCAGCACACAGAAUCAAUCUCACACAUUCAAUCAACUCCCAAGCAUGACUAUCACGCAGCCCGAAGCCAGAAACAACACAUCUGGACCGCAACAAGAAGCAAUCUCGGAUCCUACAUUAAACGAAUCUCCCAGCCGCGAAAAUCGUCGUCCCUCUUCUAUAAUCCAUGGGCCAAAAUCUGGUGGCAACACAAGCGCAUACGAAGCAAUGGAGUUAAAUACGACACGCAAGCGUGCAAACGAACAGAAUCACGGAACGUUACUAGAGUGCGUUCUACGUCAACUCUCGAUCAAUGAAGCACGUUGGACGGAAAUGUCCAAAGAUAAUGUUAUCAUCAAAUUCAACAAUUCGCUGGCUAAGUGCCAUGAGACUUGGCAAAGUCUUAUGCUUGUGUCUCUGGCAAUCAAGUUUCCACGCCAGUUCAACAGCCUAUCAACAUCUGAAGACGAAUGGGUCUACGCACUUGCGGAAGCAGUCUCCGAAAACAGUUUUCUGGAUAUUGCAGUGCGGUUCCGGCUGGCUGCUGUUCUUGGAAUAAAUGAGAGUGGAGCAGAACAUCAAGAUGCGCCUGACGCCCGUACGUUGGAAGAUAAAGUCCUGAAUAAUGAGGACAUUAUCAUUGGUUCAGACGUUAUACAUGCAGUCAACAUGGCACGUGGUAAUGAUGAUAAAGUCCGUAUCAUCGAAGGUCUUGCCCAGAAAGCUUUAGAGGAAUAUAGGAAUCGAAGAGACUGGAUAAUCUUCAAAAAGGUCAAAAGGGAUAAUACCUAA